AUGCCGUUUGACGACGGCUCCGCCUCCGCGGACAAGGCGCAGUCCAGCGCGAUGAGCCUGGUCAUCAACUACGCGGACCCGCUGCUGGCGGCGGGCACUGCGGUGUUCGGUCUUGGUCUGCUCGUCCUGCCGCUGCUCGCCAAGCUCAACCUGCUGGACGACGCGGACAUGUAUUCUUACCCGCCCCACGGGGAAACAAACCCGAGGCAGCCGAUGCGGCUUUUCACGGAGGCGGAGCUGAGGCAGAGGAUGGGCCUUCUGUCGCCAGCCUACCUGUCGAAGGAGAUCUGCAUGAGCACGGACGAGCUCGACGAGUACAUGAACAGGUGCGAGAUGGAGACCACGGACGACGAGGUCAGCAGGAUCCAGAAGUGGCGAGACAGUGUAAACCUGCAUUUGAAGUCGUUGCAGAAGCGUUCUGCCUUGGCGUUCCUUGGCCUACCUCCCUCUGCCAGUGAUGCCGAUAUCAACAAGAUGUAUAAGAAAAUGGCCCUGGAGCUACACCCUGACAAAGGGGGUGACCCCGAGAAGUUCCAAGAACUUCAAGAGAUGAAGGAACGGCUCAAUGAGAUGGAUGAAGAAGACAAGAAGGGUGGGGAAGACGCUGAAGACGAGGAAGUGAAGAAAGAGAAAGAGCAGGAGGAGGAAGAUAAUGUAAAGUUGCCACCAAGUGAAAGGGUGAAGAAGUUGCGGAUGGACGUCCACGACAACACUGUUCGCCUGUGGGAGAAGGCGAAGAAGUCGAAAGACGAGAUCACGGGAGACAAGGAUAUCAAGUGCAACUCACAGCCAGCACUCAAUAUUCUAAGGCAAUUCGUAGACCGCUUUGUGAAUAAUGAGAUCAAGACGCUGAGAUACGACGACGCAAAGGGCGCCGAGGCGAAGCUGAGAAAGUUCUUAAAGCAGGGUACUGAGAUAAUAGCUGUAGCUGCGAUGCACGACGUCCAAGCAACGCUGACGACGAUCGCCAUGCAUUUCAACUACAGGCUCGUGGCCAGAAGCAGGUCCCCCGACAUCAAAAACAGGUGCGCGGCGCUGCUCGACGCGAUCUCAGAGGUGCCUGUGCGGUCAGAGGCCUUCCUCAAGCAGGUGGAGGACUCCCUCGCGGGCCAGAAAGACCGCGACAAGAGGGCGAAAGAGGAGCGAGCCCAGGCGCAGCGGGAGCGCGAGGCCAAGGGCGACCUCGGCGGCGAGGCCGGCGCGGGCCCGCGGGCCGCGGGGCCCCAGCCCGCCGCAGCCCAGGGGGGCCCGCAGCCCGCCGCGGGCCCGCCGGCCGCCGCGGCCCGGCAGGGCGCCGCGGACCCCUUUGCCGACUUCGACUUUGGCGAGAAGCCGGAGGCCGCGGCCCCGAAGCCGGCCCCGGGGCCCUCUGCCGGCGCGGGCGGGGCCCUGCCGCCGGAGGUGCUGGCGCGGAAGGAGGACGGGACCAAGGUCGCCGCCGCCGCGCAGAAGCCCCAGCGGACCUGCUGGGACCCGGACUUCGACCACCCGUACGCGGGCGCCUUGAAGUCCAACGGCACUGGCAUCUUCUGCCGGGCCUGCACGAGGUGGGUUGCCACCUACGAGUAUCCAGCGGACGUGUGGGCCCUCGGGGUGGUGACGUCCUGGGCGGGUCGGUUUCCGUUUGCCGACGAUGCCCAGAUCAUGGGCCUCGCCCCGGAGUUCAGCGAGGACCUGCCCGAAGGCGCCGCCGGCUACGUCGGGCGCCUGCUGCGGAAGGCCGAGGCCGGCCGCCCGGGCGCCGCCGAGGCGCUGGGGCACCCCUGGCUGGGGCAGCCGCCGAGGCCGCGCGGAGGCAGCGAGGCGGCGGAAGAGGCCGAGGCGGAUCAGUCCGGGGUGCAGCGCUGCCCGAGCGGCGCGGCGCUCCGGGAGCGCGGCCCCAACAUCAACGUGAACGAGCGCCGCCAGGAGCGGAGCGGCCAGGGCCGCGGUUCGCGGUGCCACGAGGUUGGUGUCUUCACGGUCUUCUGGCUCGUCUCAGGCCGUGUCGACGACGUGCUUUCUAAGUGGCCGAACUUCGCCUCGACAGGCUUCGCCAUCUCCUACGGCGCAGCAUUGCUCUGCUUACCCUUCCUGCUCAUAAUGGCCCUGGUGGCUGUCUGGUCCGUCGCCUCGGCGGGCCCUGCGCGGAAGACUUUUAGUUCGAUCCUGAUCAUCUCGGUGGGUGUGCCAGUGUACCCGAUUGUCCUAGCCCUGUUGCUCGCCAUCUUCUGGAUCGUGGUGGAGUUCCUAGCCCUCGCCUUCGGCGUGGUGGGGCCGCUCGCCGUGACCAUUGGCGUCUUCUCGUUCGGCUGCGACGCGCUCUCGUCGUUCAUCGCAGAGCAGCGCCGGUACCCGCGGGCUGUCGAGGACAUCACUUUCGCUCAGCUCUUCGCCGGUCUUGCCAUUGGUGCCGGGAGCCUCUGCACCUUCGGCGUCCUGACCGUUGCGCUCACCGUGCUCAAGGCACCCUUCGUCCUCCUCGGUCUCACCGCCAUGGGGAUCUACCACACGUUCCCCUGGCUCCUGGAGACGGGCUGCUGGUUCCCUGCCGCGUUUCUCGUUUGGGUCUUCGCUUUGGCCGCAGGUUUCUGCGCACUCGCGCUGGGCAUAUUCUUUCCGUGGUUGCGAAGUUCCUGCUCAGCCUCGUGUGGCCGGCCUACGUGA